AACGAUAGUCCGACAACUCUACGUCACAAUUCAUUCUAUUAUUUUGUUUUGUUUUGUGCGAAAAGUUUGCAGGCCAGCAGGCGUGGAAUAAACCACAAGCGACGGCAGCAUGGCGAGCGGGACAAGCGGGACGAGCGGCGGCAGCGGCAGCAGCAGCGGAGCGGCACAGAUGGCGGACACGACGGCGGCACCGUCGGCGGAGAAGUGGGGCUUUCCCCUCACCGAGCUCUAUCGCCUGGCAUUCACGUUCUACAAGAGGAACUCCGGCAAGGCCAUCCACCUGUCGUACGAGGACAACCUAAAGCUGAUCGCCUUCAAGCAGCAGGCGGCCCUGGGUCCCUUCAACACAAGUCGGGCCCCCGCGCUGGGCGUCCUCGAUGUGAUCGGACGCGACCGCCAGCAGCACUGGCAGCUCCUCGGGGAGAUCACCCGGGAGCAGGCGAUGGAGGGGUUCGUCGACCUGCUGGACACCAUGUGCAGCGCCUUUCGGCCGUACAUCGAGGCCGUGCGGCAGGACCGCGACGAGACGCUGCGCAAGGAGCUGCGCCUCAUGGAGCUGGAGAAGGAGGCGCGCGAACGACAGGAGAACGCCCAGCAGGAACUGCUCGAGGAGGGCUACAAGGAGGAGCUGCAGCGCCGCCAGCUGCAGGACGCCCUCAACAAGCAGACGUACCAGCAGUUUAAGCUGUACGCCGAGAAGCAGUUCCCAGGCAAUCCCGAGCAACAGGCAGUGCUUAUUCACCAGCUGCAGCGGGAGCAUUACCACCAGUACAUGCAGCAGCUCCAUCUGCAGAACCAGAAUCAGCUUCAGAUGCAGAACGCAGAGGAAAAGGGCCAGCAGGAGGACAAUGCCCCUGGCAAUAACAACAAUAGCAGCACAGACUUGCCAAACGCCAUGGAGGGCCUAAAGCUCGGUGAGAUCGAGACUCAGCAGGAGCAGGUGGAGCAGCAAGGUCAAGCCGAGCAGGCUGGGGGCACCGUGCAUGAACAGCUUGGCGAGGAAGAGUACGACGACUAUGUUAUGAUCUGCCCGGCAAAGAUCUGGACACGUCCCGACAUCGAACAGUUCAAGACUGAAGUGUCUGCCGGCGAUGGCGACGGCGUCAUCACCAUCGGACACGGCGACACGGUGACGGUCCGUGUGCCCACCAACAUGAACGGCAAGUGCAUCUUCUGGGAGUUCGCCACGGACAGCUACGACAUCGGUUUUGGGAUCUACUUCGAGUGGGCCAAGCCGGUGACCAACGAGGUGACCGUACAUGUGAGCGACUCCGACGAGGAUGAGGACUGCGUGGACGAGGACUACCUAUCCACCACCGAGGACCUGGAGUCGGGCUCGCUGUCGCAGGAGCGCGGUGCGGUUAGCAACCCAACUGCCCCGCCCAAAGCACCCAUUUCCAUUAUCGUGCCCAUCUACCGGCGGGAGUGCUACAAUGAGGUGUACGUGGGUUCCCACUCCUAUCCCGGCGAGGGCGUCUACUUGCUGAAGUUUGACAACAGCUACAGCAUCUGGCGCUCCAAGACACUGUACUAUCGCGUCUACUAUGAGCGCUAAGAGGCCAAAAUGUAUUUAAUAUCCACUAACUUAGAAGAAUCCUAUCUCUGUACGACCGGCUAAUGUGCAAGUCCGGAACUUUCUGUAUGUGCGUGUGCGUGUGGGUUUUGGUUUUGGUGUUACGUGUACGUGGAUGCAUUUCCGGAUAAACAACCAACGGAAUGGACCACCUUUCCUGCGAAUCGGCGGGUGGCAUUUUCUGAUUAAAACCAAUAUUAUUUAUUAUUUAGUUGUAACCGACAAAGACAAGUCCAAAAUUCAAUUUGAGAAUAAUAAACCAAUAACAAGACAACUGUAAA